AUGCCGGCGACGCUCAUGACUGAGAAAGGUGACCCGCGGCGGUGGGUCGUGCUAGCCCUCUUCUGCCUCUACAGCGCAUCGAACGCAAUACAGUGGAUCACGUACUCAUCCAUUGCGACGGCAACUCGCACCUUCUUUAACCUGACGACCAAUCAGCUGAACAUGCUCUCCUCCGUCUACAUGAUUGUCUUCGUCGUCGGGGCGUACUUCACCUGCACAACCUUUGAGCGGUGGGGGGUGCGGCGUGGUGUUCUCAUUGGAUGCGGACUGAACGCCAUGGGAUCGAUCCUGAAGGUGGCCCCUGGGUUGCAGAAGCCGUGCUACCUCACCCUCAUUGUGCCGCAGACCCUCAACUCGAUCGCACAGCUAUUUGUGCUGUCGACGCCGCCGCUGAUUGCGGCGCAGUACUUUGCGCCGCACCAGCGUACCUUCGCGACAGCCAUUGCAGCCACGGCGAACAGUCUCGGCAACGCCAUCGCUCUUUUCGCACCACCCUUGAUCGUCAAGUCUAGUACCGGCACCACCAAGGAGUUCAUGCUGUUGUUCUGCCUUGAGAUGGGCUUCUGCGUCUUCAUCACUGUCGGCGUCGUCCUCUUCCUGCGGUCACCAAGCUUCAAGGCACCGAGCCAGGUACUGCUUGAGGAGCUCGCGUCUGCCCAGGCUCGCGCAGCGAGCGGCCGUGCGAAGCACCCCGCUGCCCAGCAGUUGCAUCGGCGGCGCGGUGAACGAGAGGAGGGGUUCGCUUCCGACGAGCUGCAUAGUGAGGCCGGCAGUAAUAGGCAGAGCAGCGGUGAGGAUGAGAACGAUGACAGCUGUGUCGGUGCAGAACGAGGCCGCGCUGCCGCUCACGGCGAGCGCCACACGGCGCUGAGUGAACCAAUAGCAUCACAUGUCUCUACGUGCGCCGGUGCACGCGGCAGCAACACCAGCGCCAGCCGCCCGGCCGUUGAAUUCGCGGAUGUCGAGAGUACGGCUAAGCCGGGCGACGGUGCCUAUAACACGCAGGAGGACACUCUGGACCCAUCCCCGGCCUUUUACACCGAGUUUGACCGCGGCAGCAUGAGCAAGCACAAGGCAAUGACGGUGUGGCGCCGGCUUCAGCACAGCGAGCACGUGAUCACGUUCCUCGAGGUCGGUCACACCAUCUACCUACUUGUAUGCCGCCGCGACUUCGUCUUUUUGCUCGGCGCCUUCAGUAUCAGCAUGGGCAGCGUCUGGACUUACGCCUCUGUGCUGGCGCAGAUCUUGGAGCCCUUCGGCGUGGCGGCCGAGCUGGCGGGCAGCAUCGGCGCUUUCAACGUUAUUGUCGGGACGGUGGCGUCCUACCUGGUCGGCCUCUGGGUGGACCGCACACGGCACUAUAAGUACCCUCUGCUGGUGUGCUUGAUUGGUUCCGUGCUGUGCUGCAUCGGACUCAUCGUGAUCAUGCUGAAGGCGCCGAGCCACACCCGCACAAUGGAUGGGCUCUGCUCUUUCAUCUACAUAUUUGCCGGCGUCUUCCAGAACACCGCCAUCCCGAUCUGUUUCGAGUUCGCGAUGGAGAUCUCCUACCCGCUGCCCGAGUCCGUGCCCGGCGCCCUCCUCAUGGCCGGCGCAAACCUGUGCUCUCUCAUCAUGCUCUCUAUUGCUUCUAUGAUGCUGGGCAACGGCGUUGCAUCGACCUCGGCUUGUGUCAACGUGCUCAUUCUCAUCACGUGCGUGUGCUUUGUCGGCGCCAUCCUCGCUAUCUUCCCGCGCGAGAAGCUCUACCGUCGCGAUGCGGAGGUGGAGGCACGGCAGCAGUUGGUGGCCGCAUCAGCCGACGGGUAUGUGGCCAGCACUGCGGCGACACGUCAGUGCUACGAGAGCUCAUUGACGGCGCAUCCGCAGCCGCCGCUGCCGCUGUCGGGGCUUGGGAGCGCUAAGCGGGGCGCACCAACGCCGCUCAACGGCGUCACCGGCAGGGACACGGAGACCGAGGAGAUAUUACCGCAUGCGGCACGCCAUCCCUUCGAGACGAACGUGCCUCCUGCUGCCGCCGCGGUGUGCAAGAGCGUCUUCGCCGAUGAUGAGCUUCUCGACGACACCCUGGAGGAUGUGCGGCAGUUGCAGAACCGAAUGACGCGAGAGGAGAUGAAUGGCGGCACGCCGGGGCUGGUGCAACACCACCAAGAGGAGGACAUGUGCGUGCAGCCCCGCUGA